UACAGGCGGUUUGUUUUGCAGGUUUCAGUUUCGUGCUGGAGGUUUAUUUGUCGGAGAUGGAAGUGCAACAGAACAAAGUGCAAACCAAACCUGUGCGUCUGAUUGCGGCAGUUUGCAAAGUCAACGGGAUCGGAAAAGAUGGAAAACUACCGUGGAGUUUACCGUCUGAGUUCCAGUACUUUCUGAACACUAUCACAAAGGUGUCACGACCAGGAAAGAUGAAUCUGAUCGUCUGGGGCAGACUGUGUUGGUAUUCCCGCCCAGAAAACAUGCUCCCAUUGGCCAACACUCUGCAUGUGGUGCUGAGUAAGACACUGGACACAGCUCCAACUCACGCCCACUUUCUGUGUCAUGACUUUGAGAGUGCAGUCAGCCUCGCUGUCCAGCCCCCCCUCCAAGACCUGAUUGAGACCAUCUGGGUGAUUGGUGGGACUCAAGUCUACAAGGACGCUUUGAAACAUCCCUGGUGUGACCUGCUUUACCUGACCAACGUCAUGGCCAGCUUUGACUGUGAUGUUUUCUUCCCAGAGUUCGACAGAAAACUAUUUAAAUUACAAGACAGGUUUCCUGGUGUACCCAAUGAAGUUCAAGAGGAAAAUGGCAUCAAGUACAAAUUCCAAGUGUUCAAGAGAGAGACAGUGGAUGCAGAGAAACAGGAACAGAGUUGAUGCCACCUCUGUACGUCCUACAUUACUUUAGCAACUUUCAACAUUUAUUGCAAAAUCAUUUGUGCUGCACAGACUUUCCCUGUGUUAAACCUAAACUGCACUUAUUUAAAUUAAAAAAAACAACACCUUCUUAGCACUUACAAUCAUUAAGCAUUC